AUGUAUUGUGAGAGGUUUAUAUGUAUCCUGAGAAUACUUGGAACCACACUCUUCGGGGUGUCCCUCCUGCUGGGAAUCACCGCUGCUUACAUUGUGGGCUACCAGUUCAUCCAAACAGACAACUACUACUUCUCCUUUGGACUCUAUGGUGCUAUACUGGCAUCACAUCUCAUCAUCCAAAGCCUGUUUGCCUUCCUAGAGCACAGGAAAAUGAAGCGGUCACUAGAGACUCCAAUCAAGCUGAACAAAACAGUUGCCCUUUGUAUUGCUGCCUAUCAAGAGGAUCCUGACUACUUAAGAAAAUGUUUACUUUCUGUGAAAAGAUUGACCUACCCUGGAAUUAAAGUUGUUAUGGUCAUUGAUGGGAACUCGGAAGAUGACGUUUACAUGAUGGACAUUUUUACUGAAAUCAUGGGUAGGGACAAAUCUGCCACUUAUAUCUGGAGUAAUAACUUCCAUGACAAAGGUCCAGGUGAGACGGAAGAGUCUCACAGAGAGAGCAUGCAACACGUAUCUCAGCUGGUCCUGUCCAACAAAAGUGUUUGCAUCAUGCAGAAAUGGGGUGGAAAAAGAGAAGUAAUGUACACAGCAUUCAAAGCACUGGGGAGAAGCGUGGAUUAUGUACAGGUCUGUGAUUCAGAUACCAUGCUUGAUCCAGCCUCAUCAGUGGAGAUGGUAAAGGUUUUAGAAGAAGAUCCAAUGGUUGGAGGAGUUGGAGGUGAUGUGCAGAUCUUGAACAAAUACGAUUCCUGGAUCUCCUUUCUGAGCAGCGUGAGAUACUGGAUGGCAUUUAACAUAGAAAGAGCCUGUCAGUCCUAUUUUGGCUGUGUACAGUGCAUCAGCGGACCUUUGGGAAUGUACAGAAACUCUUUACUCCAUGAAUUUGUGGAAGAUUGGUACAAUCAAGAAUUUAUGGGCUCCCAGUGCAGCUUCGGAGAUGACAGGCACCUAACUAACAGAGUGCUAAGCCUGGGCUAUGCAACAAAAUACACAGCCAGAUCCAAGUGCCUUACCGAAACACCGAUAGAGUAUCUCAGGUGGCUGAAUCAGCAGACCCGCUGGAGUAAAUCAUACUUUAGAGAGUGGCUUUAUAAUGCAAUGUGGUUCCACAAGCACCAUUUGUGGAUGACCUAUGAAGCUGUAAUCACUGGAUUCUUUCCUUUCUUCCUUAUCGCCACAGUCAUUCAGCUCUUCUACAGGGGAAAAAUCUGGAACAUCCUCCUCUUCUUGUUGACAGUUCAGUUAGUGGGCCUGAUAAAGUCUUCCUUUGCCAGCUUCCUUAGGGGCAACAUUGUCAUGGUUUUCAUGUCACUUUACUCAGUGUUGUACAUGUCAAGUUUACUGCCAGCAAAGAUGUUUGCAAUUGCCACGAUAAACAAAGCAGGGUGGGGCACGUCAGGAAGAAAAACCAUUGUAGUUAAUUUUAUAGGACUCAUUCCAGUCUCCAUUUGGUUUACAAUCCUCCUAGGUGGCGUAAUUUUCACUAUCUACAAGGAAUCAAAAAAGCCAUUUUCUGAGUCAAAACAGACAGUUCUCAUCAUUGGCACAAUACUCUAUGCAUGUUACUGGGUUAUGCUUUUGACUUUGUACUUGGUUCUUAUCACCAAAUGUGGCAGGCGGAAGAAAGAGCAACACUAUGACAUGGUGCUAGACGUAUGAUGUUUCCGUGGGAAAUUACCCAGAGAGUUGUAAAGCAACCCAACGACCUUGUAGUAUCUGUGGCAUCAGA